UUCUUCGGACUACCUAUAGAUGAGGCAAGUUGUUCUAGUACUUCUUUUUGUUGUCAUUCAUAUGCGUAUACUUAACUUUGGGGUACAUUUUAUAAUAUAUGGGUUUAUAUUGAUGCAUUGUAGCACAACGCUCAUUUACAGUUACUUUUCUGAAUAGAAUUUUGUAUCGUUGGUCCUCAGUUUAUUUUGAGUUCUUCUUAGAAUAAUAAUAUAAUGUGUUUGUUGCGCCAAACGUGUCAAAUUUUCAGAGUUUUUUAUAGAUUGGGAUUUCAUCCAAUAGUUCGUUGGUCAUGUCAGUAAUUUGUUCCGGUUCCACUGGUGUUUUUUCGACACAUGCCCGCUGCUAUUUCCCUACUGACAUUUUCUGAAGCCCUGUCCAGUUAAUUCUAUUCGUCAAGGUACCAAAUCCUGAUGUGUACAACUAUUUGUAUACGUAGCUGAUGGUAAUUAUUCGAUAAAUUUGCACAAGUUUUAGUCCCGUCUAGACGCACCGCUCGUUACAAAAUUAUUGUGUAGUUGGUAGAUGCAGUCAAACACUCGCGUUAACUCCUUUCAUGAAUCGAUCGCUUGGAUUUCGCUUCACUGACCUUUGCGAACAACAUGUCGAAAGUCUAGGGUAUCAGGGACGCAUUUCCCUGAAUUAGUUAGGGUGAUCCCCAGCAUCUAUACACUGCACAUUUUGUUCCGACUACCUUUGUUUAUAAAAGUCUAUCGACUUCCAGGGAUGAUUAGCCACUGUCUACGUUGGGUUAUAUUGUGAUCGUAACUGGAGUCAGUGGGUAUGAAGUUAGGUAAUGUAAAUUCAAUAACUCAAAUCCUAGUAAAUAAACUGUGUGUUAACUUUCAACACAUGUAAAAACAAAUUUCAUUUGACUAGUAAUGAAUUAUUGAGCACAUUGUCCGGAGUAAGGCACGAGAUUGAUGACUUAUUGUUACUAUGUGUAAAUUCUAGUUGUACUAACCUCCCUAAAUUCAUUUAGACAAUAUGGGGGUUGAACCCUGAAUCUAUUGGUUGAAAAGUAGUCAGCUCGUUGAAUUACGGUUAACUUAGCGCGGACACCGAAUUUCUAACCAGUUAUUAUUGUAAUAUGAUAUAGUUAACUCAUCUACAAAGUGCCAGCACAUGCAUCCAACUUAGUGUCACUGUGUAAUAAGUAAUGAGGUCUGGCAGCGCAAAGAAGGUCGGACAGUGUCGAAUGCUAUAACCACCAAACCAUUGUCUCAUAUUGUUUGUGUUCAAAAACCUUUCGUUUCUUUAUUCAAAGUGUGAAGUGGUCUAGGUCAGCGUUUCGCGAUAUGGGAAUUCAUAGUAAUGUCUAAAAAUUGGCUAAUCCCGUGGGCGAAAAUUCAUAAAAUAAGUAAAACAGGUAGCAUUGUAACAUAGUUGUGCCAUAGCGAAUGCAGCUCGGAAAAUGAAUGAGACUAAAAUAUUAGAGGAUGUGCUGAUACUACUGAGGAUUCAAAGGAUGACCACUGAUAUUGAUAACAUCUAAGAAAAAAAUCAGUCACACUCAUCGUUUACCCAAGCUUCCAUACAAAGAUAUUUAAAACGCCAUAGAUCGUUUGACGAAAUUUAGUAAUAUUGGGCCUGUUAGUCACAAGUUUAAGGGCUAAAUACUAAGCCUUUACCUUCAGCGAUGUGCAUAUUAGGUAUUGUUUGUUAGCUUCUGUUAGAUUCGUAUUCAUUUAAAAGUUUACGUAAAUCAAAAGGUCUGUAAAGUUCGUUUUUGUUUAGCGCCUCACAUGAAAAAAUAUCUUUUAUGGAAUCUCGUUUAUUUCCUUUUCUCUGUCGUUGAAAUUUUCAUUUUUAUAAUUGUAGUUGGUAGUAAACAAUGAUGAAGUGCCUCAAGGUUGAGGAUGCUCUAUCCUACCUAGACCAGGUAAAGGCUAGGUUUUCUGGCCAAGGGGCUAUCUAUAUGGACUUUCUUGAUGUUAUGCGUGAUUUCAAGGCACAAACGAUUGGUACGGAGGUUGUUAUUCGUCGGGUACGUGAAUUGUUUGAGGGUCAUCCCGAUCUUAUUACUGGAUUUAAUACUUUCAUACCUCAAGGAUAUCGAAUGGAUACUCUCACAUCUCAUCAGUCUUUUAAUGCCAAGCCCACUUGUACUGUUAUCCCUUCGAGAACAACAUUGUCUAUAUCCUCGGCAGAUAAUGUUACUCCAGUAAAAGGGAUUUGUGCUUUACUGAAAAUUACUGAGGCACCUAGUGAAUGGACUCCACCAGGAAGUCUAACAAGCUUAGUUAGCAGCCACCAUGAACCUGUUAGUCGUCAAAACUCCUAUGUCCCGGUUGUAUCGAACAGCCUGCCGUUGACUAGUGCUUCACCCGUACAUGUUUUAACUCCUAAUAUUCAGUCUGACAAUUCCAGUUUUAACUCAUCGAGUCAGCAACAGUUAUUACCGACGGAUUGUCAAGAAAACCUUCCUAACGUUAUGCUUAGAAGCUCCCAUAAUGCCUCAAAUUUAACUCAUUCUCCUCAUGUAUAUCAACAGCAUCAACAAAUUCAAUCAUUCCAUCAUGCUCUCCAGUACGUAAAUAAAAUAAAGAAUCGCUUUCAGGGUAUACCUGAUGUUUACAAACGCUUUCUGGAUAUCUUACAGUGGUAUCAAAAGGAACAACGUCAUUCGGACCCUAUGUGCCGCAAACAGGCAGAAUUACAGGUUUAUCAGGACGUCGCCAAGCUUUUUGGCGGUCAAGAAGAUCUACUUCAAGAAUUUAGUCAAUUCCUACCUGAAUCAUUUGGUGUUACAAGUGCUGUUACAGAGACGAUAAUAAAUAGGAAAAAUUCCAGUUAUUCACAGCUUAGUGGAUCUGAUGUAUUAGAUCCAUCUGUUCCGGUGCCUCACUUGAUAAAUCGUGUUUCUGAAGGUAUCAACUUAGCACUAUCUUCGUGUAAACAGCGUCCGGGUCAGGAGGUAAGUCCUGUGAAUCCUGAUGCCAAAAAGUUGAAACGACUUGCUCCUGCACAAAGUAUAUUCCCAAACGUCCCAUCUCUCAAUCCACCUAAAAAGUCACGUUCAUCAGUUCGAGAUGUAAGUGUUGUUGAUGCAAACCAACUGACCACCGGCAUCGGCAUCUCACUGCUACAAAAGAUUCGAGAUGCUUUAGAUGCAGACAGCCCAGUUGGGAAUCGUUCUUACCAAACCUUCCUACAAAAUGUUUGUCUGUUUAAUCGUCGGAUAAUUUCAGCCGAUGAAUUAUUGGAAGCAACUCAUCCCCUGUUUCUGAGACAUGUAGAAGUUUGGAAGCGUUUCAGUGACUUUAUCAUGUCAUCACGUAAUUCAUCUCAAGAAGGAUUUGGACAUCUUCAAUCUCACACUCAUGGCUUUGGUCGAGACAAGCAUGAUCGUGAGAAACAUAAUAUCUGUAGUUUUCUAUGCGAUCCUCAUACCUGUUCUGAUGCCUUACCGAACAACAUGAACAAUCAACCACCUUCUUCACUAAUAUCACUUGUCAGUGAAGUAUCCCAAAAAAGAUUGGAUCUCGAUUUUACCAAACUCCGAACAUGCGGUGUAAGCUAUCGAGCGCUACCAUCGAAUUUUCCACAGAGCAAGUGUUCUGGUCGUCAAAAAUGUCCUGUUGCAAAGGAGGUCUUGAAUGAUUCGUAUAUCAGUUUCUCUUCGCUUACUUCUGAAGAUUCUCAGUUUGUAUCAUCUAAAAAGAACCAGUAUGAAGAAAAUAUGUAUCGAGUAGAAGAUGAACGUUAUGAGGUAGAUAUGGUCACCGAACUCAAUCGAGCCGCAAUGCAGAAUCUUGUCGUCGUAAAAAGAUGCAUGGACAGAAUGAGUAAAGAGGAACUUAACCAAUUCCAUUUGGAUGACAAACUAGGCGGGACAUCUGCGGUUUUAAUGAAGAAAGCUAUACACAGAGUUUAUGGUGAUAAAGCAGGAGAUGUAAUAUAUGGCCUGAAAAAUUGUCCUAAUACUGUUCUCCCGUUAGUCAUACAACGUAUGCGUCAGAAAGACUCAGAGUGGCGAGAAACUAUUCGCAACUAUCAACGUUCCUGGGCUGAUCAGGAUGCUCGCAACUACUUGCGUUCUUUGGACCACCAAGGAGCAACAUUCAAGCAACGAGAUGCUCCAUUCAUUCGUAGUAAGACUAUGAUUAGUCAGAUUGAAACAAUUGCGCGUAAUGAUAAGAUUCCAUCAUGUCAUUCUACUUCAGAUCCUGUUGGCAAAAUGAUUUCUACUCUGAUUACUCAACGAAACCUUAUUUCGCGAGAUAUUAGUAAUCCAGGAACUAUGGGAUCUGCGUUAGCGAAUGUAUUGGAAGGCAAUAAUGAAGAUGAAUCAGCUCAUCUUACUUUGGUGUAUCCACCACCAGAUGUUAGGAAUACACUUUUGGAAGAUGCUGCCUCUCUGAUCAUUCAUCAUGUUAAAAGACAGUCUAAUGCAAGCAAAAACGAUAAGCGUUCCAUGAAAUGUUUGAUCCGUACUGUAUUACAAGAUAUUUUUAUGGCAAAUCGUUUCCCUAUGUCCGAUGAUGAGGAUGAUGAAGAUGACGAUGAAGAUAUGAAUCAAAAAGAGGAUGAAGACGAGCCGAUAGCAGAUGAUUUGAUUGAAAAUGAAGAACAUUGUCGUAUUCGAUCUGUACGUCAACCUAAGUCAGCUAAGCGUUUUCCCGAAUCUCGAAAAACAGUCUCUACUGAACAAACAAUAUUUAAUCACACUGAAUUCGAUCAGUUACGAAAAGAUGAUAUAAAAAUUCAGACAGAGGUACUUGGUGCCCAGACUAAUGGUUUAUCCUCGAAAUUGAAAUCAGACGAUUUAAUUUUUCCAGAAUUGUCUAUACAGAGUAACUCUAUGCCUUGUCACAUAAAUCAAGAUAAUUCUGAAAAUGAACUUCGUAAUAUGGAGCUUGCAUACAUAGCUAGUUUACCUAAAAAUGAAUGCUACUCUGUACUAUACGGAAACAACCACUGGUAUUCUUUUCUUAGGCUGCAUCAUCUACUUUUGUGUCGACUACAUCACUUACGAUCUUACUGUGCCGUAGCCGCUCAACAGUUUACAUUAGAGCGGGAUGAAUACCACGUGCAAGCUGCAGAAGUGCUUCGACUCCGCCGGCACGGUGGUACUGAACCGUCGCAAUAUUACUCUCGCGCUCUUAAUUUAGUCAAAGAUUUAUUAGAUGGAGGGGAAGAUAUCAACACAUUUGAGGAUCGAUUACGAGAUAUGUUUAGCAUUUAUGCAUAUCCAUGGUUUACAAUGGAUCGUCUUAUAAUAAAUAUAGUUCGUCAAUUGCAAGCACUUGCAAGUGGUGACGAACUAAGUCGUCGACUAACUGCUUUACAUCGUUCUUGGAUUGGAAAUUCAUCAUAUAGUGAUCGAAACUCUCAGUCAACUAGUGUUGCUUCAAAUUUUCCUCAAUAUUCGAACGUUUGUGGUCCGUUGUACACUCGUGUGUGUAGGUUAGCUAAUGAAAAUGCAUACCAUUCUCAAGCUAUGACUAUUUGUUCUGCCUUUGCUGGUGCUAAUGGCUCUUGCAACGUUGGAUCCAGUUCUGGAACGCUUCCAUCCAGUACUAGUCAAAAUAAUACGAAUGUUACUUCCAACAGUAAUACUAAUUCCUGGCCAAAUUGUUUUCUAAUUGUGGUACUCUCGGAGUCAUCUACUAUGCUUAUCCGCCUUAUGAAACCUGUGCAUUCAACGAAAUUUGAAGGGGAGAAAAAUUAUGAUUCAUGUUUUCCUUAUUCCAGUCAUACAAAUCUUAAUUCUCAUUCAUUAUUAGUUUCUUCGGAUGAUCCUGGCAUCGUAGAUCGGGAGGUUCAUCUACACAGAGAAAAUUUAAAAUCUAAUUUUUCAAUCCGGCAUUGGUAUGACUAUCUUACAACUCAUCUUUCAUGGACUAUUGGUUAUGUUCCACAUAGUAUCUGUUCUCGUAUUCGGCCGGUAUUUCUAUAUCGGAAUGUUCGUAGGUGCGUAAAUGCUUUGACACAUGAUGCACUUCAAAGAAGAAAACAGCUACUUAUUGAUACCGGAGAUAUACAACCUGAAGAGAUUUUAUCACAAGGCUUAGUCUCUAGUGGUGUUAAGAAUCCAAUCUCAGCAAACAAAUCUGAAACAAAUGAACAAUUUAAGUCUCCUAAUACAUCAAAUUUUGAACGAGAUGUUUGGGAGUUCAUGAUCCGAGUAUUCAAAAAUAAUCUCACACAUAAAGAGUUAUUCCGUGAUACAUUUUCAAGUGAUUGUAUGCAUUUCACUGAGCGUUUGGAUUCAAGAGUUACUCGUAAUCACAAAAUAAAUUGGUCCGUCGGUUCCUAUGGAAUUUUCAUUCGAUAUCGUAGACGAACUUGUCGAAACUAUUCGCCUACCAAGUGGCAUAAAUUCCACUCUGAUUGGCUAGCAAAGCAUCCUAACUGUAUUCAUUCACAAAAUAGAGAUAAAACACAAAAUGUCAAACCAGAAAUAAACGUUGAGAUUGAAGAAGUACGAAGUUCUGCUACCAGUAGCGGAGUAGAAACAACUAUUCCAGAAAAGCCUAUUCAAGAAAAAAUGAAUGUUGAAGUAAAUGACAACCCCUUUUUUGGCGAGGUGCAAAACACUUCAACUGUCAAAUAUUCCAAUUAACAACAUGACGAUCCGAAGAUCUUACAACCUCAGAAGGACCAAAUGCUUCAACAAUCAUUUCUUUUUUACGUUGUAAAUAUGUUUUCUAGCUUAGCUAACUGACCAACCAUCAAUUUAAUUUAUACAUGUACAUACAAUAUUACUUAUUAUAGUGCAAACAGUCCAUGUGUAUUUUGCUUUUUUACCAUAAUUAUCACCACAAUGAUAAAAAUAAUCUCCAACUUAAUAAUUCUUCACCUCGAAAUUGUUUUGUAUCCUUUUGUUUUCUGUUUAUUCAAUGAUGUGCUCUGUAUGUAUACAUAUGCCACUUAUUAUACAUAUAUUUCAGACUGGUUCUGUCCUUAUUUUUAUUUUGUUUAAAUGAAAAUCACAUACCUGCAUUGUAUUAUUGUUUGUUAUCAUACACCACUACUAAAUGUAAACGCUCUCUCAAUUUUGCAAAUAAUAGCCUACAUGAUACCGAUUAGUUGAGUAAUUUGUGCUAUUUUGUUUAUUGUUACAUUUGGAUAGAUAUUGUAAUAUUUCGUUUCUAUCAAAUUUAAUAUGUAACCCAAAUUUAAAGAAAUUACUCUUUCUAUAUA